UCCCCCCAACUGUAAUGACUAGUUAUUUUAAUAUAAUUUUAAUGGCUUAUGUUCACAGUUAUCAAGAAACCACAUAUUUACCAUGGAACCGUCUAUGAAUGAUUCAGCAAUAAAUGCCAAUUCUGGAGUGUUGACAAUUCCAACAGUUAUUAAACAGGAAAAUAUUGAUGAAGAUCAAUCAUUACAGAUAGGAACUCAGACUGAAGAAAAUGGUACAACUUAUAUAAAAGAGGAAAUAGAUGAGAUCGGGGCUGCUGAAUUUAUUAGUACAGUAAUUGUCAAUCAAACCCUAGAACAUAUAAAUCAUAUAAAUUCAGAUUUAACAUCAAACAGCUAUAAAAGGACAAAAAGCGGAAAAAAGCGAACUCAGACUGAAGAAAAUGGUACAACUUAUAUAAAAGAGGAAAUAGAUGAGAUCGGGGCUGCUGAAUUUAUUAGUGCAGUAAAUGUCAACCAAAACCAAGAACACAUAAAUCAUAUAAAUUCAGAUUUCACAUCAAACAGCUGUAAAAAUACAAAUAGUAGUGAAAUGAAAUAUGAAUGUGAAUUCUGUGAGAAAGUCUUUAUUUAUAAAUCACAAUUAAAGAUUCAUUCUAGGAAACAUACCGCUGAAAAACCAUAUAAAUGUGACAUUUGUGAGAAAGCCUAUUUUCAAAAUUCAAAUUUAAGGACACAUUCAAUGACACAUACCGGUGAAAAGCCUUAUGAAUGUGGAAUAUGUACGAAAGCCUUUACUCAAAAUUCACAUUUAAUUAUUCACUCAAGGACGCAUACUGGUGACAAGCCUUUUAUAUGUGGAAUAUGUACGAAAGCCUUUACUCAAAAUUCACAUUUAAUUACUCACUCAAGGACACAUACUGGUGACAAGCCUUUUAUAUGUGGAAUAUGUGAGAAAGCCUUUUCUCGCAAACAAUAUUUGACGAACCAUACAAGGAUACAUAAUGGAAAAAAGCUGUAUCAAUGUGAUAGUUGUGAUGAAGCUUUUUAUUUCAAAAAUAUUUUAAAGGGGCAUAAAAAGACUCAUACCAGUGAAAAUUUGUCUAAAUGUGACAUCUGUGAUAGGACUUUUAAAACGUUAACUAGUUUAACACGCCAUAUAAAGACACUUCAUUUCUGA